GUUGUUUGUGUAAAAUGGCUUUCGGACAGCAGGUAGAGAGUUUAACGGAGGAGGUACUUUGUCCCUUCUGCCUUGUUUUCUUCACCAAUCCAGUUACCCUGGGCUGUGGACACAACUUCUGCCUCUCCUGUAUCACACAGUGUUGGGAAAAGGAGGGGAGAAACUGGUGUCCGGAAUGUAGACAGGAGUUUGCAGACAGAUCCCUCAGGGUAAAUCGGGCCCUGGCAAGUCUGGCUGAAAAAGUUCAAAAAUUAAACCUGAAUUGGAAAGAGACGGAGAUGAGAUCUCAGUGUGAGAAACAUCGGGAGGAACUGAAGCUGUUUUGUGACACGGACAAGCAACUGGUCUGUGUGAUUUGUAGAGACGCGGGAGAACACAGGUCUCACAACUUCAUACCCAUUGAAGAAGUUGUUGAGAUUUACAAGUGUCAAGUUAAAUCAUCGUUCGAAUCUCUGACAGAGAAGAAAUCUGCCAUCCAGGAGUUGGAACGGCGACAGAAACAGCAGAUUUCUGGAGUGAGGGAACAGUCACACAGUCUGCAGGCCAACGUCACAUCUGAAUUUGCUAAAAUACACCAGGUUCUGGCUGAGAGAGAGCAGCGCCUACUGAGUGAUCUCAGGGCAGAGGAGGAGAAGAUUCUGAACACCAUGGAGAAAAAUCUUCAGGAGAUUGAAGAGAAUUUAACCUCUGUAGAGGAGAAACUCUCCAAGUUACAGAAACAGAUGAAUGAGGAAGACAGUGCGACGUUUCUGAAGGAGGAGUUGUGUCAGGACAGGAGGGUUAGUGAAGAAGCUCCGACAUUGUCUGUAACAGAAGGUGCCGUAACCAUCGGAGAAUUCAGGGACACAAUAUUGAGAGGGAUGUUUGAUGCCAUGAAGCAAGUCUGCGAGACCCUGGAUGUGGAAUCGGCCAGUACGUGCCUCAAAGGGUCUGAGGAUCUGAAUGGUGUGAGAGGGACCGGGACCCAGAAGAGUCUCUCUGACACCGGGGACAAUGAGGAGUACAAUAAACGUGGAGAUUGGGGAGUGAAACUGUUGUCUGAGGCUCUGAGGGACCCGGAGUGUAAAAUACAGAAACUGGGGUUGACAGCUGAUCAUUUCACAUCUGAGUUUGAGCACUUCAUCUCCGCUCUCAGUACAAACCACUCACUGAGAGAGGUGGAGCUGGACCUGAGUUACAGUGAAUUGGGAGAUUGGGGAAUUAAACUGUUGUCUGAGGCUCUGAGGAACCCAGAGUGUAAAAUACAGAAACUGGGUCUAGAUUUUGUCAGUCUCACAGCUGCUGGUGUUGUGGAUCUCACCUCUGCUCUCAGUACAAACUGCUCACUGACAGAGCUGGACCUGGCUGGUAAUAAACUGGGAGAUUCAGGAAUGAAACUGGUGUCUGAGGCUCUGAGGAACCCAGGGUGUAAAAUACAGAAACUGUGUCUAGGUUCUGUCAGUCUCACAGCUGCUGGUGUUGUGGAUCUCGUCUCUGCUCUCAGUACAAACCGUUCACUGACAGAGCUGGACCUGGCUGGUAAUAAGCUGGGAGAUUCAGGAGUGAAACUGGUGUUUGAGGCUCUGAGGAACCCAGGGUGUAAAAUACAGAAACUGUGUCUAGGUUCUGUCGGUCUCACAGCUGCUGGUGUUCUGGAUCUCUCCUCCGCUCUCAGUACAAACCGUUCACUGACGGAGCUGGACCUGGUUUAUAAUGAACUGGGAGAUUCAGGAGUGAAACUGGUGUCUGAGGCUCUAAGAAACCCUGGGUGUAAAAUACAGAAACUGUGUCUACGGUCUGUCGGUCUCACAGCUGCUGGAGUUGUGGAUCUCACCUCUGCUCUCAGUACAAACCCCUCACUGACUGAGUUGGACCUACGUGAUAAUGAACUGGGAGAUUCAGGAGUGAAACUGGUGUUUGAGGCUGUGAGAAACCCUGGGUGUAAAAUACAGAAUCUGUGUCUACGGUCUGUCGGUCUCACAGCUGCUGGUGUUCUGGAUCUCGCAUCUGCUGUCAGUACAAACUGUUCACUGGCGGAGCUGGACCUGGGUGGUAAUAAACUGGGGGAUUCAGGAGUGAAACUGGUGUUUGAGGCUCUGAGGAACCCGAAGUGUAAAAUACAGAAACUGUGUCUACGGUCUGUCGGUCUCACAGCUGCUGGUGUUGUGGAUCUCACCUCCGCUCUCAGUACAAACCGUUCACUGACUGAGCUGGACCUGGGUUAUAAUAAACUGGGAGAUUCAGGAGUGAAACUGGUGUCUGAGGCUCUGAAGAACCCGGAGUGUAAAAUACAGACACUGGGACUGAGGGGGAAUCGGUUCAGUUCAGAUGGAGAGAAACAGCUGAAGUCAAUGGAGGGAACCAGACCCGGACUGAGAGUGAUCUUCUGAACAUCCCACUGUGUGUACAUCACCACCCCCUGGGGUCGGAACAUUUCCCUCCCAUUUCCCACCCUCCCC